GUUUGUUUUAUCCCACCUUGCUACCCGUCUGCCCUGCUCAGUGCUGAAAAGUACACACAUUUGCUCUGCUGUGGACUGCUGUUUUCCUCUCUUUUAGCACAAGACGAAAACAUGAUUAAAGUUUUGGCUGUUGUAAGUUUAACUGCAUUUCUCAGCUGCUAUGGCGUGCAGAGUGCUGAACUAUCAUAUAAUGACUUAAGUGAACAAAUCCUCAACUCUGGGACUGUAGUUUUUUUAGACUUCCUGGAGAAAGUCAGAAACGCUACAGAGAAAAUAGUGAAAGAUGAUCAGUUCAGAAAAACUAGGAUCACUGUCCAAAGACUCGUAAAAAACUUAAAUAAUUUUGCUAAACCAAUGAAAAAUGCUGAGAGCGGGAGUCAGGAUAAUUCAACUAUAUCACUACCGAGAUUUUUUUCAUUCAUGGCUGAUUUUACAGUUGGGGCAACGAUCAGGGAGAUCUUUGACAAGUUUUUCUUUCCCUAUGUGAACAGUUACCGUCAGAGCUUUAAAAACGAGACGAUGAUGGAGAUCUGGAAAGAAGUGGAGUCAUACUAUCUUCCAGGAGCCCCUCCAAUCUACAGUAAACCCAUGGAGUUCUUCAGUUACCUUCUGGGCAAGGCGGUGGUGGGAUCCCAGCUGGUGUACAUGAUCGAAGCUGGGGUGGAGACUGUUUCGGACAUUGGAAUAAUAAACUUUAACCAACUUCAUAAGGAAGUGCAGGUGGUUAUGGAUCAGAUUAGACAGAAGGCCUUUGAAAUUUCAAUUUUGGAAAGGCAAAAAGAGAAGAAUGAUUUUCUUAUAUCAUUAAGAACCGCAUCUGGACUGAUUGUUUUUUACUGGGAUAAAGUUUUGGAACACACUGGAAGUCCGUUGUUCCAUGCGAUAUACUUGGAUUCUAUGAAGCAAUGGGCAGAGCUGACUGAGUUGAGAAAUACAAGUGAAAAGUAUCAUGUGCUUUUAGACCCGGAUACAAGGAAUUAUUUACUGAAUUGGACUCAACGUCAUUUUGAUAAAUUUAUUGACGCCUUGGCCCUGGAAUAUUAUAGUCGUGGAAAUGAAGCUCUUGGUUUGGACAGAUUCAAUCAGUCUAACUGGGCUAUUGUCAAAAGCGCUGUUGUUUACUCUCUUCCUGUUUAUGAAAAACUGUCUGAAGUCGGCUUUGGGAUUACUGAGAUCAACAGGUUUCUUCACAGAGUUAAUCACAUAACCCUUAUUCUUGAAGGGAACGAUGCAUCACCCACUUUCAGACAGACCUUCUUGGAGAGCAGUAUUUGGGGAAUUUUGGAUCUGCUUAGUCCAGUCAUUGAAGAGGAGAAAUCCAGAAGUGAAGAUAAUCAACUGUUACUGCCUUUGCGUGUAAUUAGGAAAGUGUUCCUCGAUGUGUGGGGCUUUUUUCUCCUCAUUGAUGGAUACAGAGGUUUUGAUGAGACUGAACACCAGCAAUCAGUGAAUGAACUGAACCAUCUGAGGAGCGUCGUCAUUAAUGAGCUGUUGAAAAGUAAAGCAUUUACUCGAAAGCAGCUUGAAGAAGCACCAAAGAACUUUAUUCAAGCCAUUCAUCAGAUCCUGGAGAAACUGAAGCAGUAUACUGACCUGUUUGAUGACUUUGAUAAAAAGAUUGAUCCAACUGCUUUAGCCUUCGAGAAGUCACUGCAUCGCACAAACGUAAUGUUUCAUAAAGUCUGGGAUCACCUGUUGGAGUAAACUCUCUCUAUGAAGGAAAAGUCAGGAUUGUAUGGAGGUUUGUUUCCAUCAUGGAAAACAAAAUGUAAUUGUGACCUUUUUAUCUGACUCUUUUUCUAGCAAUUGCGAAUUUAAACCUCACAAUUUUGACUUUUUUCUCAGAAUUAAGAGAUAAAAACUUGCAAUUGUGAGUUAAAGUCCAAAUUGUGAGAUAUAAACGCAAUACUAAGUAAAAAAGUCAGCUCACAAUUCUGACAUUUUCUGGCAAUUGCAUGCUUAUAUCUUGCAAUUCUGACUUUAUAACUUGCAAUUGUGAGUUUAUAUCAUGCAAUUCUGAGAGAAAAAGUAAGAAUUGUGAGAUAAAAGUCGCAAUUACUUUUUAAUUUUUAGUCUGUGGCAGUAACAAGCUUUUUUUAUGAUUGCAACUGCUGCCAAAUUAGGAUUAUACCAGCAAUGUAUUAACAUUAACAUGCUGUUAUUGAGAUGAAAAAAUACUAGAAUAAUUACAUUAGUAAAUAUGGAGUAAAAUAAGUUUGUUACACUGUUAACUUUGCUUUCACAGUUUUAAUAAAACUGUCUAUUUAGAUUUGUUUUACUUGUUUUUUGUUAUCACAUUAAUUAAAAAAGCUUAAUAUCUUGAGGUCAACAAUAUCUGGAUCUAUUUUCAUGUGUUAACAUUUAGCAAGUGCAAAUUAGUGCAAAUGCUGGUUGGUGGCAUUUUACUGACCCUAAAAACUGCUGUUGACUGAAGAAAUAUUGAGCACACAUAACCAUGGACUUUCACACUGAUCUAUAUUAUUGAAGUACACUGAACUGAUGGCCUACAUUCAAUUUAAUAAUUGACAGAUUCCAUUUCUUGCACAAAACAUUCAUCAGCCCUUGAAAUCUGACAUUGUCAGAACCAUAUUUACUGUCAAAUAUUCAUACAGUUUACUAUAUAUAUGGUUACACAUUAUUUUGAUAGUUCACUUUAUACAUUCUAACUUUAAGUAUCUUUUACAUGUCAACUAACUCCUAUUAGAGUAUUAGUAAACUGUUAGGUUAGGGUUAGUAGAAUAAAGGCCAGUUCACACCGCACCGACAGAUGCCGACAUAGGGCAACAGAUACUUUGUCGGAAUCUGUUGCCAUCUGUCGGUGCUUGUUUUCGCCGAUUGAACUUGCUGAAUCAGUGUUAGGAUGUCUGUAAUCUGAUGGUCUGAUGGUGCAGUGUAAAAUGAUCUUAAGUUGACAUGAAAGUUACUUAUAGUCAGUAGAAUGUCCAUUGGAGGACCAUCAAAAUAAAGUGUUAGCAGAUAUUAAACAGAGAGUCUAUUAAUACUCUGACUGGUAGUUGCAAAGUUAUUUAUAGUUAGUAGAAUGUCUAAAGAGGAAUAUUGAAAUAAAGGUUUGGGUCAGGUUGAAGUUUUUGGUCGGGCCUGAUCAAAAACUUCAACCUGACCCAAACCUGAUGUUGAUUAACUUUCAAAUAAACAUGUUGUGUCUGCUCUACUGUGUCUUUACGCUCUCUUCAGAGAAGAGUUUACACUGAAUUGAUUCCCAUGAUUGCAAGGUAAAUUCAGUAGGUUUGUGCACAGAUGAAAGUUCAUCAAUGGAGAUAAAGCUCAGUCUAGGUUUUGACUCUGACGUUAACGGACAGUCCACAGUGGACAUGUUGUGAUCUUUUUUCUCUUAUUCAGUUUUUUGUUUUGAGAAAGAAACAGCAAUAUGAAUAAGUCACUGGCCAUCUUAAUCUUAGCUGUUCUUCUCUCUAAAGGUGUGGAGAGUGUGAGCCUAACAGAUGAAGACUAUGAAAUGGCAGACAAACUCUUCACAUUGGGAGCUGAAGGAUUUUUGAAAUACUUGGACAAUUUAAAAAAGGCAGCAGAGGUGGUUGUGGAAGAAAAUAAGAUAAAUAGAACAGGAACUGAUAUGCAAGAUUUGUGGAUUUCUCUGAAGGAGAUGGUCGAGAGGGUCAGUGCUGAGGGAAGAGUUAAAGGACAAGAUAAUUUCAUUGUGUCGCUGCGUAUUUUUUGCAGACUGGGUUCGCUUUUUGGAGAGGGUCUGUUUCGCCUGUUUUCAGCAUUUACUUCAGACAGAUAUGGGAUUCAUCAGGAUGAGGGCCCGGUAACAGAACAUCCUGAAGACAUUUAUGGGCUCAAUCAAGAAUUAGGCGUCUUCAAAGGGAUCAUCAAAAACGAGACAUUGGUGGACCUCUGGAAAUAUGUGGAGUCACGCUACCUUCCAGGAGCUCCACCAAUCUACAGCGAUUACGUGGGGUUCCUCGGUCACCUUCUGUCCAAAAUGAUCGCACAUCCUCGUGUGGUUGAACUUCUAAAAGUUGUUUCAGAAGUUGGAAAGAUAGACAUUAGUCAACUUUUUGACGAGUCCUUUUUCCUGUAGAGUAAAACAUGAAAAUACACUCGGAUGACAAAUAUAGAUUUUUGUAGUUCAUCAUUUCAUUCUCAAUAAUGCUUUUUAGAGCACAAAUGGCUAUACAUCUGGUCAAAGAGAAGGCCAUGGAAAUUUACACCUUAGAGAGGCAGACAGAGAAGGAUGAGUUUCUAAUAACAUUGAGAACUGCCUCUGGAGUUCUUGCAUUUUACUGGGAUAAACUUUUGGAAUACACCGAGAGCCAGCCAUUCCAUAACAAGUAUUUAGCUGCUGUACGGAAAUGGAAUGAGUUAAGAGUGUUGAAAGACACUGAAAAAUAUCACAUGAUUACUAACCCACAGACAGGACUUCAAGCCUGGACUUGGGCAGAUGAGCGUUUUGGCAAUCUUUUUGACAAUGCUGCACUUGAAUAUGAUCGAUGGGGUAACGGGAUUUUUGGAGAUGACAGAUUCAAUCAAUCCAAUUGGGCCAUUAUGAAGAUGGCGACAGUUUACCCUCUUCCAGUUUUUGAAAGAUUGUCUGAAAGUGGCCUUGGGAUAUCUGAAGUUAAUGAUUUUUUUAUCGACACUGAUGACGCACUCAAUGAAUUAGUAGGCAAGGACAUCUUGUACAGUUUGAAGGGUGUGCUUAAUGAAUUAUGGAAUAUUUUUAGCAAUGAUAUUUUGCAUGUCUCAAUAAACAAGAAAAACCAAAUUACAUCAGACGUGGAAUAUGAGGACCCACUGCGACAUUUACGCAAAAUUAAAGCAACAUGCUUUGACAUCUGGGACAGAGUUCUCAACGAGAUCAACAGAAAUAUUAAUAAUGACGGACUUGAACAAUCAGCAAGGCACUGGGAUGAAGUGAAGAGCAUUUUAAUUAAAAAAUUAACUGACAAUGGAAAAUUAACUCAACAGAAGCUUGAUGGAGCACAAAAAACAUUUAAUAGUUUCACACAAAUGGUCUUGGACAAAUAUGUACAAAAAGUUGAUGGUCUGGAGGAAAGGAUCAGUGCUUCCACUGAAACUCUUGGCAAAUUGAUGCUGAAGACUUUUUCUGCCACAAAUACUGUCCUGGUUAAUACUCUGGGUUUUCUGCUGUCUGAUUAAUCUCUCUCAAGGAUCGAUUAAAUUCUGUUCUAAAUGAUUCUGCCAUUCUGUGUCCCAUUAUUAAUCCUUAUACUAGAAAGAGAAGAGGGAAAGGUACAAUUGCCAGUGCUCAAUUCCUGAAAUUGUUGACUGAAUGCUAAUAGUGAAGACCCAUCCUUACCCCUUUUUUUAAACCUCUACAUGAGUUUUCUGGUGCUUUGUCAUUUUGCUGAAAUCAACCCUGAGAGCCUCUCUUUCAUUGUGAGGAUCUGAUGCUAGUUCUCAGAUGUGUUGACAAGAUCUUGACUGGUUUAGAUACUGCUGUUCAUGCUGUAUUUCAGAUUAUAUACUCUCUGUAUUGCUAACCAGAUUAUAUAUUUCAAAAUAAAAAUAAUUAUUAACUACA